UUCUAUUUAAUUAAUUAAAUUCAUAGUAUAUCCUAAGAACUUUUGAGCCCUAAUUGAACUUUUUAUGCCCAAAACUCAAAGGAGUUCCAAGUUCUGUUAAGUUAUACUAUCAAAAAGUAAUAAACCCCAAUGGCUAUGUUUGCGAUGAGAAGCCACCUUACAAAUAUACUGAUAAUUGUUGUUAUUUCGUUAAUUUUCAUCUCCAAUAGCAAAGCUGAGGUUCUUGAGUUAACCCCUGAAACCUUUACUGACAAGGUGAACGAGAAAGAUACAGCGUGGUUUGUAAAAUUUUGUGUUCCUUGGUGCAAGCAUUGCAAGAGCUUGGGCACAUUAUGGGAGGACCUGGGGAAAGAAAUGGAAGGAGCAGACGAGAUAGAGAUCGGCCAAGUUGACUGUGGCACAGCCAAGACUGUUUGUUCUAAAGUCGACAUUCACUCAUAUCCUACAUUCAAGCUCUUUUACAAUGGAGAGGAAGUCAUAAGAUAUCAAGGACCGAGGGAUGUAGAGGCACUAAAGACGUUUGUUUUGGAAGAAACAGAAAAGGCAGCAGCAAAAGCUCAUCUUGAGGAAGAUAAAGAAUUAUAAAUCUCUCAGUUUUUUUACUUUAAAGUGCACACGGAAUCAACUUCAGUGAGAUUAUAGUAGUCUUGACGGAAGGACUGCAGAAAAGGGCAGUCAGUAGAUCAACAACUUCAAAGUUCACAGAUCUUGUGGGUGUUCCUUUAAAUAGUUUUUCUUAUGAUAUAAUUUUGGGUUGUACUUUUUUUCUUUUUUUUGAAAGCAAUUUCGGGUUGUACUUAAAAGUAGAAACAGCUAGCUUACCUUCAUGUAAUUUAUUUCCUUCAUAUUAUUUGACAUUAGUUCAAUGA